AUGGCCAACCGACAGCAAACGGUGAAAAAUUUGUUCGGCGAGUUGUCCUCGGACAGCGCCAAGGACACCGACCCACCGGGACCCACCGCCGCACCACCGCCCACGGACAGCAACCCCCGGCCGGCCUGCCGACUGCCGCGACCCGGGACCUCGGUGCAGCGAUCCAACCGGGAGAGCCGCCGGAAGGUGAUCAUGCUCGCCUCGCCACCACCACCGCGAUGGCCCAGAAGCCGUGGCCGCCGCCACGCUCAGCCGACCCCCGGCCCGACUGCCGGCCGACACGAGCCAUCGGACCCGAUCGGCCCCCGCCAGAAGCCGGGAGCCGGAAUCAUCAGGUCAAGCCGCGCACACCGCAACCCCGGCAGCCGCCUGGUCCAGCCAGGCCCCGACGUCCUGGAUACUCUACCGGCACCAGGAUAA